AGGAAAUCAGGUUAAGACCCUCUACCCCAGGGUAUAGGUUAAGUUUCCCCAAAACACGGUCCAAAAACCCAGAAGCCUCAAAGCCCACCGAAACCUCUGGCGUAGAACAAAGGUCGCCAAAUGAUCUUGAAAGUAGAGGUGUUGACAAAAAGUCUAAAGUCAUAAAAGAGUUAGGCAUGAUAAGACAAAGUGUCCAAAUUAUGGAAUGUAAUAAAAUCCUGGCUGCAUAUACUUGGACAAUUCGGUUUCAUGAACUUAAUGAUAUGAAGUUUCGGCAAAUCAAAAAACUUCAUGCCGAUGCAUUCGAGGCAUACCUCGGUGCAUAUUACCUUAAUUACGGAGAAUCUGCCACUUGCAGAUAUUUAAAGGAUUUGAUGAUCCCACUGUUUGAUCUAGUAAUCGAGAAA